AUGCCAGCUCCCGAUCGCGGACCGCCCGUCAAGUUUGACCAUACAGGUGAACUAUCCGGAUUUGUAAAUCACUCACAACACCGAGUGCUGUACAAAAACAAAAUGUACCCAACUGCGAUGCACCUCCUCGAGGCGAUGAAGUUUACGGAACACCCUAACCUUCAGGAGCGUAUCCGAACGUGCACCGAUGUCGGUGACAUGUACCCGUUGUCAGCGAGUUUUCAGGACCACGUGCGACCAGACUGGGGUCAGGUAUUCUUGAAGAUUAUGGAAGAGGUGCUGCAUAUCAAAUUCAAGCAACAUCCUAGCCUUCGGACUUUGCUUUUGCGCACGGGCCUUGCUGAUUUGGUGUAUGCCGAUGCCAAUGAUACGUACUGGGGUCAUGGCCCCUCAGGUGACGGUGCCAACGAACUUGGAAAGGCCUUGAUGCGCGUACGGGAUAGACUUCGUGCGGAAGGGGAUAGAUAG